AUGGCGACCCUCGAGCGCCUCGGCGUGCAGGGCAUUCGCUGCUUUGCACCAGACCAUUUGGAGGUGCUCGCCUUUGAGAAGCCUCUCACAGUCAUCGUCGGCCACAACGGAGCCGGAAAGACGACCGUUGUGGAGUGUCUGAAAUACGCGACGACUGGAGAGCUGCCGCCGUGCGUCGAUCGCGGGCGAGGGUGGCUGCACGAUCCGCGACUCCUGGACGCUGCUGAAGUGAAGGGGCAAGUGCGGCUGCGGCUCCACACAAAGGGGGGAAAGGAACUGACCGUCGUCCGGUCGAUGCAACUCUCCCAGACCGUAGAUCGCAAGGGAAAAUCCAAGGCGACAUUCAAACAACUGGAGCCGUAUCUCCAGCUGAAGGAUUCGUCGACGGGCCAGAAAGCGUCGAUUGGGAACAAGUGCGCAGACAUCGACGUGCAGUUGCCGGGACUCCUCGGCAUUCACCGAGCCGUGUUGGAACACGUGGUGUUUUGCCACCAAGAGGAGAGCUGCUGGCCGUUGUCGGAGAUGCAGGUUCUCAAGAAGAAGUUCGAUCAACUCUUCGGCGCGACGCGCUACGUGAAGGCGCUUGAGUGCAUUCGAACCAUCAGAAAACAGCAUGUGUCUGAGGCGAAGGAUCGGCAGCACGACUUGCAGCUGGUGGAGGCGCACAGGCGACAAGCGAGGCUUCUGAUUCGGCAACUGCACGAGGCGAGGACGCUGGAGAGCGAGGAAGAGGAGCAACUGCGACUGAGCAAGGCGGCUCUGGAAGAGCUGGCGUCUCUCCUUCGAUCUGGGGAAGAAGCGAAAGAGAGAGAAGAAGAAAUCAAGCACAACUUGGAACUCUCUGCGCAGCUGCUUCGGCGACUGGAGGCAGAACUGGCGGAGCAGAAGGAAACUCAGGAGAGAGAACGGCGAGAAGAGAAAGAGCGAGAGAGACAGAGACGCAGGACUGCUCGUAUCCGACUCGCCGAGCGAAGGCAAGAACUGGAGGGAGAAGACGACGCUCCACUCAGGCGCGAGGAAGAACGGAGGAAGGAGGAAGAAGAAGAGCGCGCAUGGAGGAAGGAGGAGGAGGAAGAAGAGAAGUUUCGGCUCGCAGUCGAGCAGGAAAGCUACGCGGAGCUCGUCGACCUGGCGAAGGACAUCGAACGGCAGUUCGCGGCCAAGAAAGACCGCCUCGCGGCCUUGGAGGGAGAGUUGCAGGCGCGGGAGAACGAGAGUGCAGCCCUCACGGAGCGGCUGCAUGCAGAGCAGCACAAGGCGGCCGAAGGCAUUCGAGCGGAGGAGCGGAGGAACGCCGCAGUCAACGAGCGAAAGAAAAUUGUUUCGAGAAUCUUGAGGGCGUGUCGAGGCAAACGCAGCGGCCUGGAAGGCGAGCCCGACGAAGAAGAAACGGAGAUCUUCGCUGCUCGGCCGGACCGAGAGAUCGACGAGGACGUGCAAACACAGCUGAACCGCCUCGGCUGCGAGAAGGAGGCGACGACUCGCGACGCCACGCGACGCACGCAGGCCUUGAAGGCCGAAACGCACAAACUGCAAGACGCAUGCUCAGCCCUGCACGCAGUUGUCGGCGCCGGCGACGAGCUGUUGCUGCACUUGCGGCAGGAGUGCGCAUCGCUGCAAGAGCGGAAGGCGACCAGGCGCAGGAGAGAAGAAGUGACGGACGAGCUGAACCGCGUCAAGUGCGAGGAAGAGCGCCAGCGGCGGGAGGAAGAAGAAGGCCCGCAGUCGUCUGCGGAGACGAUUCGGGAGUUAGAGGCGACUGUCAAGCGAGCAGACGAGGACUUGCAGAAGCUGCGAUGUCGCCGAGGCCUCCUCGAUCGGCGCCGGUGCGUCGCAGAGGAACAGAAGGAGCGACAAAUGCAACUGCAGCUGUCCAGGCAACGCGUGCAAGAUUUAGAGCAGGAGAUCGAGGAGAAAGAGACGAAAUUUCUCCAGGAGUUUCACGUCGUCAGCGACGAUUUGGAGGCAGCUGACGGCCAAGCAAAACGCGAUUGCAGCUUUGAGGAGGCAGCGGCAUUGGCGUCAGCGCUGGCCGCUCGCAAGGACGGCGAGAAGGCGCGCGAACACCAGCGCGCUGUCGCCGCAUCGCUGAACAGCUGCAGAGGGCAAGGCGAACUUGGCGCCUCUUCGCUGCGUGCGCUUCUUCUCCCCUUCUGCCACAGUCUCCUUCGAGCAGCCGCCUUCUCGUCGCCUCAGUCUCCCACUCCUCAGUCUCCUUCGCCGUCCUCGUCUCCGGGUUCGUCAGAGGCGAGCAAAGGCGAGACAGGUUUCGAGCGGUCCUCCUUCCGGUCGUCCUCAUGGCCUCCACAUCUCGUUCAGAUUCUCCGAGAGGCCGCCCGCAGAGGGCGUGACUGGGGAAGAGACACUUCGAGGCGACUCGUCCCGCCUGCGGUUUCUGCCUCGGCGUCGUCUGGAGGCGAGGACGCGCCUGCCGACGAGGACCGUCUCUUUGCCGAUGCUCAGGCGCUUAUGGCAGUGUACGAGGACGGGCGGAGAAGCCGAGACGAGGGCGACAUCGCGCGAGACGUCGAGAAUCUCAAGGGGGAGGCCGCGCACUUGACUUCUCUGUGUGCGAGCGCGGACGGAGACGCAAGCAGAGUCAACUGCUUCGCCGCACAAGGCUGGCUCCAGCUGCUCGCGAAAGAAAGCGAAGAAGCCUCUGCAUGCGCGUUGUGCAAGCGCGCCUUUGCCACGCAGGAGGAGCUGGAGCAAACGCAGGCGGAAGUCGCAAAACGCGUGGAGGCCGUCCCUCAAAAACUGCGCGAUGCAGAGAACCGCCAGAGGGAGAUUCGAAGGCAAUUCGACGACCUACAAGAAGAGCGGCUUCUUUUCGCCACCUUGGCGAAGCAGAAAGACGAAAUCUCGCAAAAGACGACUUUUCUGCAAACUCUCAGACAAAACCUUCAACAUCUGAAAGACCAGGUCGAGGCGGCAGAGCGCCGUGCGGCCGAAGCCACGCGCAAGGAAGAGAAAGUGAAGAAACUCGUCGAGACCGCAGAGAGCAUUCGCGAGUUGAAAUCCGUUGGCCGAAGGAAAGCAAGGGAUGAGAUGGAGGCGAUUGAGGCACAGCUGCAUGCGGCCAUUCUUGCGGCCUCGGCGCCCCUCGCUUCCCCCGACGGCUCCUCGAGUCUGGGAAACUCCGACACGGCCGACGGCAAUCCGUUUGACUUGCUGAGCAUCACGAAGGAGUCGGAGGCUCUCGACAACGAGCAAACAAAGGUGUACGCCCUCCGCGACGCCGCCCAGACGAGCUUGACCCGAGCCGUCGGCGAGCGCUUUGCGCAGCAGCAGCGGAAAGACGAUCUGCGGAGACGGCGAGAAGAUCUCCAGCGCGAAGAAGAGGAACUUCGAACUCUCGAGCAACAAAUCGCAAAAGCAACGAGCACAAUUCGAGCCAAAGAGGCCGAGCUGCCGGCGCAGCGACUCGAGCUGGAGACGCUGCAGCGGCGCAUCGAGGAGAAAACCGAGCAACUCCGGAGAGAGGAGCAGAGCGUCGGGGACGCGCUCCGCGACGUGGACGAAAAAAUCCGAGGCCUCACAGAACAGCAGCGUCUCUUCGCGGAGGCCUCGCGCGCGAUUCGCCACGCCGAGGCUUCUCUCCGGGAGGCGCGGGAGAGGUCGGCGCUGACCGUGGAGCUGGAGCGACUGCGGGCGAAACGCGCGGAGGCGAAUGUGGACAUUGCCCGGAUGAAGAAGGCGAACGAAGAACAGCUUAAGGCGUGCGCCCGAGGCCAGCGUUUCCUCGCCCUCGUCAAGAACAAGGUCGCCCACUUCCACAAGGAACAAGAAAUUGAAGUGGAGAAGAAGAAGAUGGAGGCGUACGCCGAGCAACUGCGAGAAGGCAGAAGACGCCGAGGCGCAGUCGGCGCCGGGAGCGGCCGAGAGGGUGGGCGUCGAGCAGAAGCCGAAGAAGAUGAAGACGAGGGCGAAGAAAGCGAUGCGCUCGAGCGAGAGCUCGGAGAGUUGCGGAAGAAGUGGGAGGCGGAGAAGGAGAAGAAAGCUCGUCUCGAAGGGAGUUUGAUGACUCGGCGAGAGCGCGUGAAAGAAAUCGAAAAGGAGCUGGCGGGGUCUGCAGUCUACAAGGACGUCGAGGAGAAGUACAGAAGCGCUCUGGUGGACGCCGAGAUCGAGGCGAUGGUUACCAGCGACCUCGACCGUUAUCACCGAGCCCUGGACAAGGCGCUGAUGAAAUACCACUCGAUGAAGAUGCAAGAGAUCAACGCCACCAUGAAGGAGUUGUGGCAGACGAUGUACACGGGGCAUGACAUUGACUUCAUCGCAAUUCGCUCCGACACCGAAGACCAGGCUGGGCUCGCGCCGCUGUCGCUCUUUGGAAAUGCGUCCUCGCCUCCUCCGGCAGCCGGACAGAGGUCGUACAACUACCGCGUCGUGAUGGUCAAGGGCGCAGUGGAACUCGACAUGCGCGGGCGUUGCUCGGCGGGGCAGAAAAUCCUUGCUUCCCUGAUUAUUCGCCUCGCCCUCGCCGAGACGUUCUGCGUGCACUGCGGAGUCCUCGCUCUGGAUGAGCCGACGACGAAUCUCGAUCGCUACAACUGCGAAAGUCUAGCGAAGGCUCUCGCCGCCCUCGUCGAGGCUCGGCGCACGAGUGCGAGUUUCCAGUUGAUCCUCAUCACGCACGAUGAGCAGUUUGUGAUGAAACUCGCGCGACACGGCCUCUGCGACAAAUUCUACAAAAUCACAAAGGCCCUGACGGGCGAGUCCCGAAUUACGUGUUGCGACAUCCAAGGUUUCUGA